AUGAGCGCAUCGUCGGUCGUCUGUGUCGAUGCUCCACAAUUCAUCAAAAAAUCGUCGUCCGUAUUCCAAUCGGUGCUCGAGUUGCAGCUCAUCGACGGCGAAAGGGCUAGGGAACCCGGCGAAAAUGUUUCACGCGUUUCUGAAGAUGUCCGGAUGGAUCCGCUUGAAGUAGACGGCGCAAAUCCAUCUCCUCCUUCCUCAAUGUAUCCAGCAACGAGUCGAUCGAACUCUCCGGAUGGGCUCUGA